AGCUUUCUGUUUACCCAGAUCUUGUGUACGUCACUGUAAACAAAGCAGUCUAUAAACAGUAUAAUAUAUAAUAUCUCUGAGUCACUGAUUUGCAUUCAUAUCUGUAACUACAUCACAAAAUACAAAUACAUUCAUGAAAAGCUCUUUUGUAAGUGAGACUGCUGCCUGUUUCCUCUAAGCGCAUGUGGUGUUCAAGCAUACUCCCUAAAACAGUGAGGAAUUAUGGGAGAGUUUGAAAUAACGCUGCUCAGCAUCUGUAUUCAUAUCUUAACUUUAGGCAUUGCAACGUCUGAAACAUGCACACCGGCUGAAUGCCUGAGUUGUAAUAGUAAUAUUUCAGAUUUCAAUGUGACUGUGACUGCAACUCCUAAUCCAGCUGAUAGAUGGAAUAAUGUAAAUGUGAAAUGCUUUCAUAACCUCACCAAUGCUAAUAUUUCGAUCGUGUGGAUUAAGAACAACAUUCCAAUAGAGGAAAAUAAUAACAAAACACUUCUGAUUCCAAGAAUUACAGAAGUGGUGAACGUCACCUGUCAGAUCAGCACCAUUUGUGGAAAUUUCUCUGAUACUGAAACAAUAACUCUAACAACUGAUAAUAGUACAGUGGUUAUAUUGGUUUGUGUUGCGGCAGCUUUUGGUCUCCUACUCAUUUUUGGAAUAGUCAUGAAGAUCACCCAGAGGAGUGGACAAGUUCGGAGAGAGGCCAGGAAGAGACAAAGAGAGCAGCAUAUUCAGAACAUCCACAGCACUGCCACAGUCACCACCAACUACUGGUGAAAGAAGACCACUGAAAACAUAUACAUAUAUACAGUAUAUUUCCUGUAAAAUUGCUUAUCUUUGUUAACUAGCUGUACCUGAGAUAUUCUGUCCAUUCAUGUGGCACCAUGUUCAAAAUUGUAUCAAUUAAAAUCUUUCAAACAGCACUAUGCUCCUGUAUUUAGAUCUAGAUUUUCAGAGAGUUUGUGUAGCUUGUCUAAGGCAUAAUGCGUUGGAUACAGAAGGUGCAAGGCAUCUCCAUGCCUGGUCUGACUUUGCAGCGUGGCUGGGAAGUUGCGACACAACUGCAGGAAAUAGACAUUUAAUAAAUGAACGGUUAGUCACCAUGGUUUCUACCUUGUCAUGAACAUUCAACAACCAUAAACUCUUUCACUAUUUCACUAAGAUUUUCCAAUAAAAUGCCUUGGUAUUAAAGGGGUGGUUCAAUGGUAUUUCAUGCAUUCUGACUUAUUAACACAGCUAUAGAGUUGUUUCCUCAUGCUAAACGUAGGCAAAGUGUCAAAAAACCAAUUACAGGCGUGUUACAGAGUAUUUCUGUGCCGAAUGGACUUCGCCAGGUUCUUACAAGUUUCUGAAAGUUUUUUUCGAUUACGGGUCCAGCCGACGUUUCAGGGGUUUCUAUACGUAUCACUUAUUUU